AUGGAUCGUGCAUGUGGGUCUGUGACUCAUCCUCCGUUUCUUGAUGAGAAUACUAACUAUGGGGCUUGGAAAGCUAAGAUGAAAUCUUUUCUGUGGGCUCAAGGUACAAAGGUGUGGACAACUAUUGAGAAUGGUUGGGAACCUCCAACAAAGGAAAUUAAAGGGCGUGGAAAAGAGGUUGAAGGUGAAGGCCAGUCGACAACAAAGGUUGUAAUUAAGCAAAAUACAGAGUGGACUGAUGAAGAAAACGAUAUGAGUGCCUACAAUCAAAAAGGUCUUAACUCCAUCUUCACUGCGGUAUCAGCUGAAAAAUUUGAGUUUAUAUGUCAUUGCAAAACCUCAAAGGAGGCUUGGGAUAUUCUGGAAAUUACUCAUGAAGGAAAUGCCACUGUCAGAGAAUCCAAACUUCAACAACUGAUGACUAAGUUUGAAAAUUUGAAGAUGCUGGAAACUGAAAAAUUUGCUGAAUUUUACGCUAGAUUGAGUGUGGUGGUGAAUGCUUGCAGCAACCUUGGUGAUGCAAUUCCUGAACACAGAAUAGUGAAAAAGAUUUUGAGAUCUCUGCCUAUGAUGUAUCACGCCAAGAAGACAGCGAUUGAAGAGUGUAAGAAUUUGAACACUUAUAAACUUACUGAGUUAAUUGGUUCUCUUACCACCUAUGAGAUGGAAUUUCCAGAAAUAAAGAAAAGCAAGGGCAUUGCUCUAAAUACAGUGAAAGAAGAUGAGAGUGACAGUGUGUCAGAAGACAAAAUGGAUUAUGCUUUGCUUACAAAACAAUUUCGUAAGUUUUUGAAAUCUAAGAAUUCAAGGUCUGGUGAACAAAGAGGAAAUUCAGGUUCAAGUACAAGAGGGAGUCGCCCACGUGAGUUUACUUCUGACAAGUUAUCACAUACAACCAGAACUAUGGAGAGAAAGGGCUCUAAAGAUUCACUGAAAUGCUUUGAAUGUGGUGGAUAUGGACACUUUGCCUCUGAAUGCGCAAAUAAUUUGAGGAAGCAAAAUAGUGGGAAAAAUAAAGUAAUGGCAGCAACUUGGAGUGAUAGUGAGUCUGAUAAUGAUUCAAAUUCAGAAAAUGAAGAUCAAGUUGUUGCUUUCUCUGGGAGAAUUCAUGCGCAAAAGGAUGAGAACUCUGAUGUUGAAGAACCUGAGAUAGAAGUGGUGAUGAAGCAAUUCAACAAUCUCUAUGAUUCCUCUGAAAAACUGAAGAAGAAAAAUGCAGAGCUUGUUGAUCAAGUGGCUUUUCUACAAGACGAACUGACCAGGACUGAAGCUGCCUUUCAAUCCCAGCUGAAAACAGAAGAAAAUCUGCGUGGGUCUUUGCUUGAAAAAAUUCAGAUGCUCCAAGACAAGUACCAGCUGCAGAAAGAUAUGAAUGUUUCUCUUACUUUCGAAAGGGACCAUGCUAGUGCUGAAUUAAAAUUAGCAACGGAAAAAAUAUUUGGUAUGACCAUUGGUGCAGAGAAGAUUGACAGGAUGUUAAGUCUGGGGAAAAGGGCUGGUGAUACGAGAGGUUUGGGUUUUGAAAGUGAAAAGUCUAAGCAAGAGGUCAAAGCUGUGAAAUUCAUCAAAGAAUUCUCUUCUACUGAAGCGAAGGUUAGCCCAAAGAAAUUUAUACCGAUCUGUCAUUUUUGUGGAGUUUUUGGUCAUAUACGGCCUAGAUGCAAUGUGCUUAGAAAGGAGAAGAGGUCAGCUUACUACUAUUCUCCAAGAAAUUUUAAUCCAUCUCAAAGAACCAAACUAGUGUGGAAAAAAAAGGAGGAAAAGUGCUUGGUGACUUUAAUGGCCUUAUCUGCUAGAAAAUCUGAUACAUGGUAUUUCGAUAGUGGUUGUUCAAGACAUAUGUCUGGUGAUAAAUGUUGGUUUACAAAUCUGAAUACAGAGUGUGUGGAAGGCUCUGUGACAUUUGGAGAUGGAAGUAAAGGUAAAAUUUUAGGGAAAGGAGAUGUUGAGACACUUGGCUUACCAUUCUUGAAAAAUGUCAUGUUGGUGGAAAAUUUGCAGGCAAAUUUGAUAAGCAUCAGUCAACUUUGUGAUGAUGGUAGCAGCGUGUGGUUUGAUAAAGAUCAAUGUUAUGUUGCUGAUUUUCAAGGGAAGAAGGUUAUGAGUGGCAUGAGAUCCAAAGAUAAUUGCUAUUGUAUUCAGCUGUCCAAGAAUGAGUGUGUCAGAGGUCUGCCAAAGCUGAGUGGUAAGUCUGCAGGAGUGUGUGGUGCGUGCCAAUUAGGUAAGCAAGUCAAGAGUGCUCACAAAAGCAUAUCCUACAUAUCAACAUCCCAACCAUUAGAUUUGCUGCAUAUGGAUUUAGUUGGUCCCAUUCAGACUGAGAGCAUAGGUGGAAAGAAGUAUAUGUUGGUGUUGGUGGAUGACUUUACUCGGUUUACUUGGGUUGAUUUUCUUCGUGAAAAAUCUGAUGCAUUCAAGAGUUUUCGUGGCCUAUGCAACAAAAUUCAGAUCGAGAAAAAUGGUUCACAUGUUACUGUCAUGAGACUUCGAACAGACCAUGGAACAGAGUUUGAAAAUGUAAGCUUUGCUGAAUAUUGUGAAGAGAAAGGAAUAAAGCACGAAUUUUCAGCACCUAUUACACCUCAACAUAAUGGGGUGGUUGAGAGGAAGAAUCGCACCUUGCUUGAAAUGGGACGUGUGAUCUUGACAAGUGCUAAGAUAGCGAAGAAAUUUUGGGCAGAAGCUAUUAGCACAGCAUGUUAUACAGCAAAUCGUGUAUUUCUUAGACCGGGCACAACUUCAACUCCUUAUGAGCUUUGGAAAGGGAGAAAACCUAACAUAAAGCACAUGAGGGUUUUUGGGAGCGUCUGCUAUAUUUAUAGAGAUAGAGAAAACCUAGCAAAGUUUGAUACAAGAAGUGAUGCUGGCAUCUUUUUGGGUUAUUCUCUCACUAGCAGGGCUUAUAGGGUGUUUAACAAGAGGACAUGUACGGUAAUGGAAUCAAUUAAUGUUGUUGUCAAUGAUACUGAUAUGUCAUUUGGUUCUUGUGCAGAUGAUGAUGAGGAUAUUAUUCCAGCAGCUCCUAGGCAAGAAGAAAAGGACAAGGUGGCUAACAUUAAUGAUGAAGUGCAUGCAGAAGAAGAUAUGUUUUCACCUCCUCUUAGACCUGGUGCUCGGCAAGUCCAAAAAGACCACACACCAUCUGAUAUUAUUGGAGAUUUAAAUGAUCAAAGAAAGACAAGAAGCCAAGUCGUUGCGGAGGUAACUCAUCUGUGCUAUGUUUCCAAAUUGGAACCAAAAAAUUCAAAAGAAGCACUUCUUGAUUGUGAUUGGAUCAUGGCUAUGCAAGAGGAGUUAGACCAGUUCACUAGAAAUGAUGUGUGGUACUUGGUUCCACGUCCCAAGGACUUGAAUGUGAUAGGUACAAAAUGGGUUUUCAGGAACAAAACUGAUGAAAAUGGUGUUAUUACAAGAAAUAAAGCAAGGUUGGUUGCACAGGGAUAUUCCCAGGUUGAAGGGUUGGAUUUUGAUGAAACUUUCGCUCCCGUGGCAAGGCUUGAAUCAGUUAGAUUGCUUUUAGCUAUAGCUUGUCAUAUGAGGUUCAAACUACACCAGAUGGAUGUGAAAAGUGCGUUCCUAAAUGGGGUUUUACAGGAGGAGGUAUAUGUAGAACAACCUGUAGGAUUCAAAGAUCCUUACAAUCCUGAUCAUGUAUAUCGUCUUAGAAAAGCUCUCUAUGGGCUGAAGCAAGCUCCUAGGGCUUGGUAUGAUCGGUUGUCAUCCCAUUUGCUGAAUAAAGGGUAUGUCAGAGGAGCUGUUGACAAAACUCUGUUUGUCAAAAAGACCAACAAGGACUUGAUUGUUGCUCAGGUUUAUGUCGACGAUAUUGUUUUUGGGUCUACAUCUGAAUUUCUUGUAAAAGAAUUUACUGAAGUUAUGAGCAGCGAAUUUGAGAUGAGUAUGUGUGGGGAGCUGAGCUAUUUCCUAGGCCUGCAAGUCAAGCAACAAGAUCAUGGUAUCUUCAUUUCUCAAACCAAGUAUGCAAAAGACUUGGUAAAAAAGUUUGGUAUGAGUUCUGCCAAACCAACAAGGAAUCCCAUGGCUACACACAACAAAAUUGAUGCUGACCCUUCUGGAAAAUGUGUAGAACAAACACUUUACAGAAGCAUGAUUGGAAGCCUCUUAUAUUUAACAGCCAGUCGACCCGACAUCUCAUUCAGUGUUGGUGUGUGCGCUCGCUUUCAGGCAAAUCCAAAGGAGUCUCACUUGAAUGCAGUCAAGAGAAUCAUCAGAUAUGUAAGUGGUACUCCAACUUUAGGUGUAUAUUAUUCAUUUGACUCAAAUUCUGAAAUUGCAGGUUACACCGAUGCCGAUUGGGCUGGAAACGUUGAUGAUAGGAAGAGCACAUCUGGAGGGUGCUUUUAUGUAGCCGAAGCGGAAUACAUUGCUGCUGGAAGUUGUUGCACACAACUACUAUGGAUGAAGCAAAUGAUGAGUGAUUACGGCAUUCAUCAAGAAAAACAAUUGGCUGAUUUGUUUACAAAACCAUUAGACACUGUUCGUUUUGAAGCUCUCAGGAAGUCUCUUGGUAUUUGUUCCAUUGAAUGA